UGAAUGCGAAGCGGGUCCCACCUGCACCUGGGCAGUGGUAAAGCGCUGCUAAAUUUCUAUGUAUGUGGUCUUCAACCUUCUGGGUGCUGGGUUCUAGGCUCUUUUAAUUUUUUGCAACAUUCAGGGCUCAAUUCAAUCGUUAGCACCCAAAUUCCAAUCCAAACAAUAACAACCACCCAACUACAAUUGCGACUGCGAUAUUAACCUCUGACUGUUUGUUUCUCCGAAAUCACACGCUCGCUCAUUUCCUCCAUCUAGCGUUUCCGUCUAUCGAACUUCCCGUUUUUGCUCCUUGUCGUCUUCCUAAACCGGCUUCCGAUUUUACGUGCACACUUACUAUUCCCGAUAACCGGUGAUCUAAUCGGCGUGGAGUUCCCUAGAGUUAUCCUACGAGGAGAGUGCGUCAGGGGGAGCUAGCUAUCGAGAAUUAGGCCGUCGUUGGCCUACGUUCUUGGGCAUCCGUCUUUGAACAAUUCCAUCGAAAGGAAGGAGAGAAAAAAAAUAAAAAAGGAGGGGUGAAAGAGAAGGAGAGGCACCGAAACCGAUAGUGGAAGAAGCAAGAAGAAAAAGAAAAAGAUAAUUCUAAAACACAGGGAACAAUAUAACCUAAGCAACGCCACAGUCUCAAAUUUAUUCUUACCUGAGAUUGAACGGGGCCUUCGCUCUACCUCUAGCAAAGCCGACGAUGAACUUCGACUCCGGCACCGCAUACGCGGAAUCAGACGCCGACGACGAAUACGAAAGGAGUGUUCAUACUAGCUCUCCAGUACUUGCCACCGAUUCUGAAAUAUCCCCAACCGACUCCGAGGGUCGUUCCUCUACCGAGCACACGCCUACUACCUACGGUCAUCGCAGUAGUGCCGACAGAUUGCCUGAGACUAUAAUAUCUGAAUGGGAUGCCGAUGAAUGUGCAGAUUUCAUCGCGAGUAUAGGGUUGCAGCAGUACUCAGAUCGGUUCAUCGAGAACGAGAUCGUCGGCGAAGCUUUAGUGGCUCUGCUGCACGAUGACCUCAAAGCUAUGGGGGUAGCCAGUGUCGGCCAUCGCUUGACAAUACUUAAGAGUGUCUAUGAUGUGAAAAAAGCACAGGAUGUUCCCAUAGAAAGCGAUCACUAUGUGCCACUAUCUGCCGACGCCGAAGCUCAAUAUGCCACCGCGACCCUGAAAGAUAUUAAGCACCUGGUCGAGCAACUUCGCCUCCGAGAUGAGAGGAUGGGUUUCUUAGAACAAGACCUACGACGCAUGACCGAGGACUUCAGACGUCUUCGCGAAGAUAUGCUGCCGGCUUUGCGCCUCGCUAAGGACGCGCAGCAACCCCUGCCUCACCUAUCCAACAAUCAAGGCAGCUACGGCUAUGAGACCUCAACAGUUUCCCCUCCAGCUCCUACUCCUUCGUCAGAUCAAUCUUCCAAUGGGCUGAAGCGACAAUACUCUACCAAGAAAAUCGUCCUUGGUACGAAUCCCAAGAGCACAUCCCCAACUCAUCUGCAGACUACUCAUGAGCGGCCUUCGGUAGAACAAACCCUAGACCCUGCGAAUGCCGCCGAAAGAGCCGUCAUGUCAUCCUCGCAUCUAGCCGCCAUGAACGGUUCCGGCCAGGCCACGUCGCCUGGCUACUCUCCGAACAUACCCUCGCCUACCUCACCCCCAACUUUGGGCAGCGCCACCCUAGCCUCUCGUUCUUAUCGAUCUGACGACCGACAAACACCGUCCGGUCGUACGACAUUCUCGGAGAGCGAACACGGGUACGGCUCUAAGCCUAUCGCACCACGGCGGAUGCAAACUCCUGUCCCCGAGACGCCGGGCUCUAACUCAGCUUCGGUGGAGAUCUUUAAGUCGUUCAGGGUCAGUAUGGAUGAUCCUUGCUACAAGGUUCUCCCCGCGGCCCUGAAGAAAUAUCAGAUCAACGCUCCGUGGGAUCAGUAUGCGCUUUACAUCGUCUAUGGCGAUCAAGAACGAUGUUUGGGUUUGCACGAGAAACCAUUGAUCCUUUUUAAGCAAUUGGACAAGGAAGGGAAGAAGCCUAUGUUCAUGCUACGGAAAACAAACACAGCACAAGCCGAUGCCGAAACUCCCGGUAGCGCUGGCUUGGUCCCCGGGAACGCGAGAGGGGUUAGUUAUGAUCCGCCCGGUGGGAUUAUAUGAUUCCAGCGCGCGUUCUGUCUGGUUACGUAUUCCUCACAUACUAAACUCACGUUUCCAAACUAUCAUAAACAAGUAAGACACCUAGCAAAAAGGAAUGGGCCACCCAUGCCAUGAUUCUUUGCUUCGGUGAAGGCGCUGGGAUAUAACUGUAUAGCAUGUGCGCGCUGCUAUUUCUCUCUCACUUACUAGUUAGACCAGCAUUAUCGUUCUUCGUCACCAAAAAAGUAAGUUCCUGUUAUGACUUUGCGAAUGACGCGUUCGGACCAACCUCCCGAAGCGCCUUCAGAGCAGGAUUCAAGAGGUGACAGUUGCUUUGGGUCUGGUACAGAUGGUGUGUUGGGACGAUUACGACGAGAGACUUUCUAGCUCUAUUCAAAACGUGUUGCUGCAGCAUUUUAUGACAUAAACGAGUUCGAUCUUGGAAUCCUAUUGUCUGUAUCACAGUGAUUCGUGAGAGGUUAUGGAUGGCGCUAUGGGUUUGAUCGUGUGAGAAAAUGCUACUCCAAACCUAUCGCCAGAUGCACCAGAUGUAGUGGCCCACAAGUUCAUAUCUAGAGCAAUG